GGAUAUUACUUUACUGCAGUCAACCCGUUAUCAUUAGAGGCAUCAGCAACCAUCCGCUUAAGGAAGCGAAGAAACGUUUUGAACGACACUUCAACCGGCAUCACUAUACAUGAAGUAAGAAAAGAAAUCAGCAAACAGUUUGAACAACUUAUGCCCACCAAGUACUGUAAGUCAACUGAGAAAGUCUGUCCUGCAGGUCCCCCCGGAUAUCCUGGUCCCAUUGGACCGAGGGGACCACGUGGCAGGAGGGGACCAAAAGGAAAGAAAGGUCCUCAAGGUCCCACGGGACCUCCUGGAAAAUCCGGAAAAACAGGAAUAACUGGUCCUGCAGGACCGAGAGGAGAAAAGGGAGAUAAAGGAGAACCUGGGCCAAAAGGCAUGCCGGGACCACCUGGAAGGCCUGGAAAAUCGAUCUCUGCACCACAAGUGUUGCUGACGCCAGCAGAGCAGACACGAGAUGAGGGAGGAAAUACGGCAUUUUAUUGCACGGUCGCCGGAAAUCCUUCCCCAGUCGUGGAAUGGCAAUUUAAGGGCAUAAAGAUUCUGUCCGGUGCAAAGUAUUUGAUUAAAGAAGGAGAGUUGAUCGUUAGAAAUCUGAAUUACAGCGAUGCUGGGCCGUACACAUGUGCUGCUAGGAACAUUCUUGGAUCGUCCGAGGCCACUGGUAACUUGUCUGUUCGAGGUGAGAGAAGCAUUUCAUUCUUGAGGUUUGUUGUUGAACGGCGCAUAAACAUGUCAAGAAAACUAUACGAUGAGAAGGCACACUGACAGAACAUCAUCCUCACCUGACCUUUAUUUUGACACGCUUUCAGAAUUCGGUUAAGGCUUUAGCAGCCGUCAGACUACGACUUCUUGAAAAUACCCGUUAACAGAUUUGCCAGCCAAUAACUAAUUGGUUUCAUCGCUCCAUUUCUUUUCUGUUAUGCAAACAAACAUUUCUUGUACAAAGUUUCCCGGAAAAGAAAGCAUCUAAUUUUUUCAUUUUUCUCAGUUGUAAUCCUGCCGUUCCCCGAAGGUUAUUUCUUAGAAUGUCCUGUGCAGGGAGCCGACUCCUUGCUAAAGGGGUACCAUUUUGAGGCUUCAGGUAUAUGAAAGGGUCCGUGCUUUACUAGUUGAAGUAUAAUAGUGUUGGGAAAUCUGUCAUUUCGGUCUUAAAAAAGAUCUAAAAGGACUAGCGCAAGGAUGUUAUGGCUGUGAAAAAGUCGAGAAAAUUUGCUGCCUUUGUGAUUUAUUCACAUUUUAAAGACAGUGCGUUGAUCUCCCAAUCUCGUAUUUGAAAGGGGCAAACUUUUCUGUUGAAAAUUACAUAUAGUGUUGGACCUCGGGGCGGAGCCUCUCAGUAUAACACUUUGAAGAGUACCCCCCCUUCUCCUCCCCGGUGUCGUCCAAUUAGUUGUAGUAUUUCAACCUGAUAUUAAUUAUUUUUUCAGGUCUUCCAAUAUUCACAAAAGUUCCACCUUUACUUGCUGCACCGGUACAAGGCACUACAUUCCAAGUAACCUGUAAAGCUGAAGGCUAUCCUCGUCCCGUUGUAACCUGGACUAGAGCAGCAAUGCCUUUACCUGCUGGAAAAACGAAAAUAAACCAAGGCUUACUUACCAUUAACAACUUGAUUCCUGCCGACACCGGUUUAUACGACUGUGUAGCAACUAACAUCAUGGGAACAAAGAAAACUAGGGUCAACGUGGCAGUGCAGCGUAGCUCAGCUGCAGGUUUGUCUUAGGCUGCAAGGUCCGCACAGACAUAAAUUAAACAUUUAGUAACAUAAACAUCAGGCCCCAGUUGUUCAAAAGCUGGAUAGCGCUAUCCAUCGGAUAAAUCACUAUCCAGUGGAUAAGUAUUUGGGAAACCAAUUGCGCUAUCCACUGGAUAGAGAUUUAUCCGCUGGAUAGCGCUAUCCACGUUUUGCCCCAAAUGGCGCCUGGUGACCUUUGUUACAGGUCACAGAGAUCGCAAGACCAAGGGUUCCUGAAUCUUGUUUAAGACUACUUUAAUAGGCUUAGCUGACUCAGACUACUGUGUAUACUUAAGUGGAAUGUAAAACAUAUAGGACCGCCGUUAGCGAUGACCUUUUAUUUAUUGUUAAAAAGCAGUGUCGUUGUUAAAGGGUGAAUAUGCUUGGGUAGCAAUGGUAUAAAGGGAGAGAAGGAGGGAAGGCUAUACUUGGGUUUAAGUAUAAAUCCUAAAACUUUGCUCUCCAGAAAAUAAAGUGACUUUUGCUAUCCAACCUCUAGUCACUCGCAAUGUUACACUUGAUAAAGAAUUUAUUUUAUGUCGAAUUUUUAAACAGUUCUACUUGGCUCCAACAGAGUUCUUUUGUCAAAUAGCAAAAGUCGAAUUUUUUUCCCCAGGUUUGCACGACUCUGUUAUUGUGGGAAACAACAAAAAUCACUUAACCUCGUUAAGCAACUGGCUUGCACCUGUCACAAAAAGCGUCAAUUCUCUCUGGAAGCGCUGCUGGCGUGCAUCCGUGGAUGGCUGGGCUGCAAGUACAUUUCACUCACUUUGUGACAGCAAGGGCCCGACUGUGACAAUAAUAAGGGUCGGGGGAUAUAUUUUCGGUGGAUACACUAGUAUUUCAUGGGGUAAGUGAGCAUUGUAAUCCAUGAAAGUGCCAUCUAUACCUUUGGCGUAAUUGACAUUCAUAUGAUCAGCUAAAAGUGAAGCUUGGUACUUAACAGUGUGGAAUCAUGUUACUCUACCUUUCAUACAUGGUUAAGCAUUGGCUUACAAAGGUUCUAGGUUAAUAGCUCUAGAUGUGAACCCAUAUCCCCUCGUUCCUCAAGGGGCGAGGACCACCCCUCCUACACUCACAUGGUGUGAAUGAGUGCCACCCCCCACCCCACUUCUCAAGUUCUGGUUCUGGAGAUGAUAAGUGAUGUAUUUCUAGCCUGUCAAAACGUGCCCAAAUUCCAGGCUAAUACUAUUGUAAUAAUAAUUUUGAGGUUAUAAAAUAUCAGUAUUGUUCUGACUUUUUUGCCACCCUGCUAUCUUCCAUCCCUCAGUUCCCAUAUUGCAAAAGUAGCGACUAACGAACUUCACCACAGGUUUUUGGGGAAAUUCGCAAAUUUUGGCAAAGGAUUAAGAAAACACGCUCCUUUGACAUGUCCACGUACGUGAUACACCAAGACGAAGGUUCAUUUCACCGAUCAAACUUUCGUAAUUUUGCCUGAGCGAAAUGUCGCGAAGAGGAUUCUUCUCUUCGGAUUCGAACGAAUUUAUUAGACUGAAAUGGGUGACAGAAAUACAUAAUGUUUUAUACCUUUUCAAGGAUAAAGGCUCCUAAAACUCUUUAUUGUCUGUUUCCUUUAUUGUCUUCUUAAUACAGUACCCUCAAAAUCGAACUAAGUAUUAAUUUGCCAAUAAAAGUGUAUUGCGACAUGCACCAGUUCAUGUUAAAAAGAAGCUUCUAGCUUCGGCAAGUGGCAAAAAAGACAAAAACAGAUAAAUUUGGAGAUUUGCUCCAUAAAUUUAUAAAAGAACAUAUCUUAUUAAUUGCUAAUUUUUUCCCCGAUCUAUUGCUUGUAAUUGCAAAUCUUUUAAAAAUAACAUCUCCCACAGGCCGGCACCUUAGCCUCGGUGAGCUUGCAGCCACAUCAAACUUUCUCCUGAGCGGACGAACCACGCUUGCCAUGAGUAUAGCUGUAUCUUUUACCAAAAUACCUAUACGUAAAUAAUAAUGCGAUAAAAUAAUAUUCAUACUAAUAAUAAUGAUGAUAAUGAUGAUAAUAAUAAUAAUAAUAAUAAUAAUAAUAAUAAUAUAGUAAUGAUAACAAUAAUAUUGAUAAUGAUAAUGAUAAUAAUAAAGAAGACAUAGAAACUGAUUUCGUUUUUGAUAAAUGACGAACGUUACUGAGAAACUCUAUCGAAUUUGUUUUAUGAGCAUAAGGUAUUUACUGUUUUUAAUUAAUGUAAUAAUAAUCAUCAUCGUCGUUAUCAUUAUGACAGGCACAAGGACAAUGUCGCUAACUUAUCUUAGAAAAGUUUUUUUUUUCAUUUCUUUUAGCUUCUGGUUCUGGCGGGUAUCAAUACGACUCAAAAGCCUUCUUAUUUUCGCUGGUAAACAAGCCAGGAUGGGCGCCUGUCAAAUUGUCUCAGUCAGGGCAAUUUAGUUCUUACAAACAUUCCAUAUACUUUUACUCAUCCUUUGGGCCUACAUUCGGAGGAGGACAUGACAUUAACAUCUAUAACUACGCGUCAUCUAAUAGCAAUUCUUACAGCGAACUUGGCCAAACUUACAGCCCACCGAGCGGAUACAGCUACGGCAGCACCUUCGCACGAACAUUCCUGGCAGGAACAUACAGCUUCACACCAGACGAAGUUGAAACCUUUUACGAAACAACCUAA